GCUCCUCAGCCUGUCUGCCCUGGGUAUCGGAGAGGCUGGCCCCGCUCAGAGCUGCGCGCCCUGUGCUGCUGUCCCGUUGGUUUGGUGCUACCACCACCGCUCUCACCCCCCUGUUCCUCUCCUGGCCUGGCCAGCCAGCCCUCUCGAAGCCCCGAAGUCGCCCCGCUGGGUGUCCCUGGAGAGAAGCACCGGGGAGCACAGAAGGCAGCCCCGCUGUCCGCGCCGUCGGGGCUGGGCACAGCAGCCGAGCCCCAGGCACAGCCGGCUUGCUUGAGGGCUGAGGAGGGCGGGGAGGCUGGGGGGCCGCGGCCAUGGUUGCCACUUGCCUUCAACUGGUUGGAUUUGUGACAAGCUUCGUGGGCUGGAUCGGCAUCCUGGUCGCCACGUCCACCAAUGACUGGGUGGUGACCUGCGGCUACACCAUCACCACCUGCCGGAAGAUGGAUGAGCUUGGCUCCAAAGGGCUCUGGGCAGACUGUGUCAUGGCCACGGGGUUGUACCACUGCAAACCGCUCGUGGACAUCCUCAUCCUGCCAGGUUAUGUCCAGGCAUGCCGAGCCCUCAUGAUUGCUGCAUCAGUCCUAGGCCUACCGGCCAUCUUCCUGCUAUUGACUGUCCUGCCCUGUAUCCGGAUGGGCCAUGAGCCGGGGUCUGCCAAGUACCGGCGCUCUCAGCUGGCUGGGAUCCUGGUGAUUCUGUUAGCCCUGUGUGCCUUGGUGGCCACCAUCUGGUUCCCUGUGUGUGCCCACCGUGAGACCAUGAUCAUGAGCUUUGGCUAUUCCCUCUACACUGGCUGGAUCGGGGCCACCCUCUGCCUCUUUGGUGGUUGCGUCAUCAUGUGCUGCUCAGGAGAUGCCCAGUCGUUUGGCGAGAACCGCUUCUACUACUCCUCGGGCUCCAGCUCCCCGACCCACGCCAAGAGUGCCCACGUAUAAGGGGGGAGCAACU